AUGACUACUAAGGCAAAAAGGCAUAAUUUAAGAAGUAACUCUCCUAAUAAUCUGAAAGUAGAGGAACUUAACAUGCGAGAAGAACUUGAAAAACUUCAACUUGCAUUUGAUGAGAUUGAUGAACUAGAAGCUGCCGAUUUAAGUGCAUCGCAGUUAAUUCUAUUUAGCAAGAUCUGGGAUGAUAUUAAAGAAAAGGAUGUAGAAAAAAUCAAUUGGAAUGAUAUGAGAAGCAAUUAUAAUGAUGCAAGGGAUAAAGAAGCCUUUAUUAAUGAUUUUCAAGAGAAUUGGCUUAUUAAAAGAGAUCGUGCAGUUGCAAAAAAUCAAAACUGUGAAUUGGACGAU